CUGAGGAUCACUGAAGCUAGAGGCAGCCCUGGUGCCGAGGGGUGAAAGAGGAGGGGGAGAGAAAGGAGGAGAAAGAAGGCAGCAGCUUGCCUGCCCUCUUUGCCUGUCACAGAGCUGCCCGUAUGGCCAGGAGCCGGGCCACCCUCUGCACAUGGCUGGGCUGCCCUGCGCUGCUGGGCUGCUUUGUGCUGGGCUUUCUCAUAGGAUGGUUUACAAAGCCAACCGAAAAAAACCCCAACUCUUCAGAUGUCUUUCAGAAUGUGAGACAGAAACUUGUGGAUGAAAUGAAAGCCGAAAGCAUCAAGCGAUUCCUUCGCUCCUUUACCAAGUUGCCUCAUCUUGCAGGAACUGAGCAGAAUUUUCUUCUUGCCAAACAAAUUCAAGGCCAGUGGAAGGAAUUUGGAUUGGAUUCAGCAGAACUUGUUCAUUAUGAUGUGCUGCUUUCCUACCCAAGUGAAACACAGCCAAACUACAUCUCAGUAAUUGAUGAUCAAGGGAAUGAGAUUUUCAAUACUUCAUCAUUUGAACCACCUCCUGAGGGAUAUGAAAAUGUUACUGAUAUAUCGCCACCAUAUAAUGCUUUUUCAGCGCAAGGAACACCAGAGGCAGAUCUGGUAUAUGUGAAUUAUGGCCGCACUGAAGAUUUUUUUAAGCUGGAGCGUGAAAUGGGAAUUAACUGUACAGGAAAGAUUGUCAUAGCCAGAUAUGGGAAGAUCUUCAGAGGAAACAAAGUUAAAAAUGCCAUUCUAGCAGGAGCCAUAGGGGUCAUACUUUAUUCAGACCCUGCUGAUUACUGUGCCCCAGGAGUAGAUCCUUACCCAGAUGGCUGGAACCUUCCAGGCAGAGGAGUCCAGCGUGGGAAUGUGCUGAACCUGAAUGGAGCUGGGGAUCCUCUAACACCUGGUUAUCCUGCAAAAGAGUACACUUUCCGAUACAAAGUGAAUGAAGGUGUAGGGAUUCCAAAAAUCCCAGUUCAUCCCAUUGGAUAUCAUGAUGCAGAAGUGUUAUUACAUGCAAUGGGAGGACCUGCAGCUCCAGACAGCACCUGGAAGGGAGCUCUGAAUGUAUCAUACAAUGUAGGGCCAGGAUUUGCAAACAACUUUUCAACAAGAAAAGUCAGAAUGCACAUUCAUACAAACAAUGAAAUUGCUCGAAUUUACAACGUCAUUGGUGUCAUCAGAGGAGCUGUGGAACCAGAUAGAUACAUUAUUUUAGGAGGUCAUAGAGACUCCUGGGUAUUUGGUGGUAUUGAUCCAAGUACGGGUGCAGCUGUUCUUCAAGAGGUUGUUCGAAGUUUUGGUAAAAUGAAGAUGGAAGGCUGGAGACCUAAGCGAACUAUCAUUUUUGCUAGCUGGGAUGCAGAGGAAUUUGGAUUGCUGGGUUCCACAGAAUGGGCUGAGGAAAAUGCCAGAGUCCUCCAGGAACGGGCAGUGGCGUACAUCAACGCAGAUUCUUCUAUAGAAGGCAACUACACAUUAAGAGUUGACUGCACCCCUCUUCUCUACAAACUGAUAUAUAAUCUAACGAAAGAGAUUUCAAGCCCUGAUGAAGGCUAUGAAAAUAAAUCUCUUUAUGAGAGUUGGCUUGAGAAAGACCCUGCGCCUGAAAAUAACAGUCAUCCUAGAAUAAACAAACUGGGAUCAGGCAGUGAUUUUGAAGCUUACUUCCAGCGACUGGGAAUUGCAUCUGGCAGAGUGCGCUACACCAAGAACAGGAAAAUGGACAAAUUCAGCAAUUACCCUGUUUAUCACACUGCGUACGAGACCUUUGAGUUAGUGGAAAAAUUUUAUGACCCCACCUUCACGAAACAGCUAGCAGUUGCCAAGCUGCGAGGCAAACUGGUUUAUGAACUUGCAGAUUCCCAGGUCAUUCCAUUCGACUGUAGAGACUAUGGAGAGGCCUUAAAAGGGUACAGCGACAGAAUUUAUGAAUUGGCUAAGAAACAUGAAAAACAGUUGGAAACAUACGGAGUAUCAUUUGAUCCUCUUUUUUCUGCCGUGGGGAACUUCUCAGAGGCUGCUGCUGAAUUUCACAGGAGGCUCGAGCAAGUGGACAGGAAGGACCCAGUUGCAGUGCGAAUCAUCAACGAUCAGCUGAUGUUUAUAGAAAGAGCUUUCAUUGAUCCUCUUGGCUUACCAGGAAGGAAGUUUUACAGACAUGUCAUCUUCGCUCCAAGCAGCCACAACAAAUACACUGGAGAAUCCUUCCCAGGUAUCUAUGAUGCCAUGUUUGAUAUUGAAACCAAAACCGAUCAUCAAGGAGCCUGGGAAGAAGUUAAGAGGCAGAUUUCCAUUGCAGCCUUCACUGUGCAGGCAGCUGCAGAGACACUGAAAGAAGUAGCAUAGGAUGAUGGCCUGGAAAAAUGCGCUGUAGGCAGACUACUGCAGUGACCCAGCCUCAGCUAACUGCUGCUGUCCCUGAGCUCCCAACCUUCGAGUGUUAUCUUGGAGGUUUACACAAAGACUCAUAACAGUGAAGUUCCACCACUCGGGCAGUUACUGUGUACUUCCAUCCUGUAGUUGCUUUUUGGAAAACAGAUUAUGGGAUAACUGAGAACUGAGAUCUUUGCUCCUGUUGAUGCUCUCGCCAAUCCCAAACCAGUGGCAGCUUUUGCUUUUUUUUUUCUCUUCUGGAAGAGCUCUUUCACACAGUGAUGUCCCUUCCAGAUGAAGGGGGUGGAUGACAGCAUUGUCACUAUUGCUGUAGGGCUGGAUGUAUGGAGUAAUUCUGUCUUCUGAUAAGAGAGUUUCCCAUCAGGAGCUGCAUGUAGAAUCAUACAAUUCUUAGAGUUGGAAGGGAUCUUUAAUGGUCAUCUAGUCCAACUCCCCUGCAAUAAACAGGGUCAUCUACAGCUAGAUCAGGUGCUCAGGGCCUAGUCCAGUCUCACCUUGCAAGUCUCCAGGGACAGGGCAUCCACCGCAACUCCAGGCAACCUGUUCCAGUGCUUCACCACCCUCACUGCAAAAUACUUUUUCCUUAUAUCCCACUUAAAUCUACCCUCUUUAAGCUAGAAGCUAUUUCUCCUUAUUCUAUCACUACAGUCCCUGCUAGAGAGUCUGUGUCCCUCCUUCCUGUAGAUCCCCUUUAGAUAUUGAAAGCUUAAACUGUACAAAAAAAUUACAGUAGUUCAGUCCCUCGGGUGUUGGUUGCAGGGGAAUGUGCUACCAAGAACAGUGACUCGACCAUAACCACUCUGGUGACUGUUCCCUUUUCUUGGGUAGCUCUGCCUCCCUCAUAGAUUUAUGUUAUGUUAUCAACAAGUAAUUUAUGCAUCACUAGUAACUGAGACUUCCCCAGGGAGAGGUUCCAAUGCUCGGAUGGUGGAAGAAAAGCCACUGGUGCCUCUUCCUCAUGAACAGCUGUUGGUGGUCACUGCCUGGGUCCUGUCAGAGGAUGUGACAGAGAAAAAAGAAAUAUAUGGAGUAGCAUGAUUUCUUCAUAGUUGACAGGAUCUUCAUAAUAAAAUAAGCCACCUUUCAUUUAAGUGAACGAAUGCUCCACCAGUACACAUAUACUUUCAAUGCAAGUUUGUGAAGCUCUGUGCCAUUACCUCACCACUGCAAAGUGACCUGUCAUCUCCUGUGGUUUCCAUGCACUAUUCGAAGCAGUACAAAGAGUGCCUAGCUAAAAUCUAUUGUUUCCUUCCCCUUCUCAACUUCACUGAUAAUUAUGUAUGAAUGAAUGAGUCAUUAUGACCUGCUACGUCCUGAAAACUCUGUGGAGCUUAGAUCUCUUUCCCUUCCUCUGCUAUGUUAUAAAGGAAUGAUGAUGCCCAAACACUUAUAGAUGGCUUAUGCUCACAGACUCACAGGAAUUUAAAAUUGGCAUUAAUUUAAAAUGAUCUCCAAAAACACCUUGCAGAUCUUAAGCUUAAUGAAAACAGAAGCUGAUGUGGUACCUUUGCAGAUGAAGCAUUUGGGGGUAAGUGAGACCAGUGCUUCUCUCAACACUUGUAAUGCUUCGGUUUAACAACCCUUCCCAACACAGUCAUUCAUCAAUAGACUGUUUUUGUGGAGCAAUGAAACUGAGGUUUCCCUGUCCCACUAUCCUGACUACUGAAGUACACCAUCAAUUUGUAAUUUCUGGUUUUGUAAGUCUUCUCAAUGACAGUGUUGUUCAUCUGUUAGAACGGAGCCUCAAGCUGUCCAUGGUUUGGAUCCAACCAGGUUGCUUCAGCUGAUCUCAGACUGCCUUCUUUUACAAGAGUGAUAGAAACAGACCACACAGUGUAACUCAGGUACCUACUAAGGAAAAGGCACUGCAAGAGGAAGGUCCUAAAGCUAUGAAUCAGCCCAUCAAGCAUAUGGUCACAAUCAGUACUGGUGCUGUAUACGCUGACUUCUGCACCAAGCCAAUUUCUAUAAUUCAGUCCUUCUUCUAUAGACAACCUGUAACAUCUCUGCAUGUUUGCAAGUGCCAAGAGAAUGUGAACCAUGUGGGCUGCCCAUGAUUUUGCUGCAGCAGAGGACCAAACCCCUCCUGUGAGCAGAUUAAACAUACCUGCUUUGUGCCUUUGCUUUGCUUUAGGAAUCUGUGAUUGUGAGUUUGCUGGGAAAAUAACCUCUGUACUCUGAAACUGAGUACAAGGAAGCAGACUGGAAUUUCCAGGCAUCAGAAGCAACUGGAGAGCUGCCCUGAGCAGGGAGGAACAGGGUGUACUCACCAUGACCUGUUAGUUUCCUCUCACUCUAAAUUCCUGUUUUCAGCCAUGAGAUUUUAAUGCCAUACAGUUAAGUGUGCCAUUACCAGACCUAGAUGAAGGUGAACAUCAUGGACUACACUGUAGCACUGAAUGCAAAAGUGAAAUACAGAAACCUUGUGUCUGCUGUGCUGCUCUGACCCAAACCAAAGCAACGUGCUCCUUGCUGAGAAACACAUCACCAUGCAGCAACUAUCCCUAGAGAAACUGC